GAUACUUGAUAAUUGCUAGUAAGUGCACCAUAAAUAUACUUGCUAAUAUAUCUUGAUAACAGUUCAUAGUACAUUUACGAAUUUUUAUAUAUACAUAUUUCAUUAAAUUUCAUUAAAUAAUGUGAUAAGAAUAACAAUGACAAGGCAGAUCACGACGGUGCUGAUAGAUCUCAGCGGGACAUUGCACAUCGAUAAUACGGCUAUUCCAGGUGCUAUACAAGCAUUAAACAGACUACGAAAUGCAAACUUGUCAAUUAAAUUCGUCACCAAUACUACCAAGGAGUCAAGUAAUUAUUUGUAUGAACGUCUGAUAAAACUUGGAUUCGAUUUACGGAAGGAAGAGAUUUUCAGUUCUUUAGUAGUAGCGAGAAAAUUAAUUAUCUCUCAACGAUUGAAACCAAUGUUGUUAAUUGAUCCAGCAGCAAUGGAAGAUUUUCAAGAUUUAGCAACAAAUGAUACACCUAAUGCAGUUGUGAUUGGUUUAGCACCAAGCAAAUUCAAUUAUGAAGAACUAAACAAAGCAUUCAAAUUGCUUUUGGAUGGCGCUUCCCUCAUAGCCAUUCACGAAGGACGAUAUUACAAGCGUCCCGAUGGAUUAGCUCUAGGUCCUGGGCCAUUCAUCAAAGGAUUAGAAUAUGCUAGCAAUGUGAAAGCAAAAGUUGUUGGUAAACCGACCAUAGGAUUUUUUAAGGCAGCUUUAGAAGAAACAGAUCCAACACAGGCUGUAAUGAUUGGAGAUGAUGUAAAGGAUGACGUAGCUGGUGCACAGGCAGCUGGGAUCAGAGGUAUUCUGGUACAAACUGGUAAAUAUAGAACAGGAGAUGAGAAUACAAUUACUCCAGAACCAGCAAGAGUAUGCGCUUCUUUUGUAGAAGCUGUCGACAGUAUUCUUAGUGAAAGUAUUUAAAGAUUUGUGGUUUGAUAAAAUAAGUGCAUGAAUAGCAAUAGAAUUCUUUAUUCAAGUAUCGCUGUAAUGCGCGAUGCAAUCUCUUUUCUAUAUUAAAUUAUAUUUUAUUAAAUACUGAUUAUUUUAUAGUAUACACUGUCUGGAGUGAUGCCAUAUUAUUAUAAAACAGACGCAAUAAAUACAAAUAAAAAUUAA